UUAAUUCAAACUCUCUCCUCUUGUCAUUUGUCAAGAUCUGAUUUUCCCUCUUCAUACCGAAGAAAAUGGUGUAGUGAUCUCCAAGUUUCACUCUUUUUGUUCAGAUUGAAACUGGGUCGGUCGUAGAUUCUUGAGAUCUGUCACUUUGUUUCGGUUCAGGAUCAAAUUAAGGAAUGCCAAGAAAAUGGGGCGGAAGGGAAAUUGGUUUUCUACAGUGAAGAAAGCACUCAGCCCUGACUCAAAGGGGAAAAAAGAUCAGAAAUCAAGUCCAUCAAAGAAGAAAUGGUUCGGGAAGCAAAAAUUGCUGACUUUAGACUCACACUCAGGAACUGAUAAAGCACCACCUCUGCCUCCACCAGAAGAGAAUAAAUUAAAUGAUAUUGAAAAUGCAAACAGUCACCAUCAUGUUGCUGAAGUUGUAACUUCCGCGGCUCCUGAGGAACCUGCUCCUUCUGCUCAGGCAGCAGUUGUUAGGAUUGGAGCUGGUACAAAUGCUCAGUUUGCCGGUAAGCCAAAGGAUGAAGUGGCUGCAAUCAAGAUUCAAACAGCUUUUCGGGGACACUUGGCAAGAAGAGCAUUGAGAGCUUUAAGAGGGUUGGUCAGGUUGAAAACGUUGAUGGAAGGGCCCGUUGUAAAACGCCAAGCCAUAAGUACUCUCCGCUCUAUGCAGACGUUAGCUCGCGUGCAAUCUCAAAUUCGUUCUAGGAGGGUCAGAAUGUUAGAGGAGAAUCAGGCUCUGCAGAGACAAAUCUUACAAAAGCAUGCAAGAGAGCUUGAGAGCAUGCGGAUUGGAGAGGAAUGGGAUGAUAGCCUGCAGUCAAAAGAGCAAAUCGAAGCCAAAUUGCUACACAAGUAUGAGGCUGCUACGAGAAGAGAAAGAGCAAUGGCUUAUGCAUUCACUCAUCAGCAAAAUUGGAAGAACUCAUCUAGAUCUACAAACCCAAUGUUCAUGGAUCCAACCAAUCCUACCUGGGGAUGGAGCUGGUUGGAAAGAUGGAUGGCAGCCCGGUCCUACGAGAGUCGUAACCUUAUGGAUAAAGAGCUGAAUGAUCAUUCAUCUGUAAGAAGUUCUAGCCGCAGCAUUACUGGUGGAGAAAUCAACAGAUCAUUUGCUCGUUUCCAGCUCAAUUCUGAAAUCCAUUCUCCAGCAGCCAGCCAAAAUGCAGGCUCACCUAGCUUUCAGCCCAACUCAACUCCUUCCAGGACAGCUUCUGCUAAGAAACCGAAGAAGGUAACCCCAAAGGGCAACUGGGUUAUGGAUGACGACUCCAAAAGUAUGGCCAGUGUACAGUCAGACCGGUUCCGGAGGCACUCCAUUGCUGGGUCAUCAGUGAGAGAUGAUGAGAGCCUUGCUAGCUCUCCAUCAGUUCCAAGUUAUAUGGUGCCGACUCAAUCUGCAAAAGCUAAGUCCAGGACACAGAGUCCAUUAGCCCCAGAAAAUGGGAAAGCCGAAAAAGGGUCCUUUGGAACUGCAAAGAAGCGUCUUUCUUUCCCAGCUUCGCCUGCCAGACCAAGGCGUCAUUCAGGUCCACCAAAGGUAGAAAGCAGCUUGAAUGCUGAGUUUCCUGUGAACAAUGGUGUGGCCAGUUGAUUAUAUAACCAGAGUAAGAGGAUUGAAAGCAUUAAAGUAGGAUUGAAAAUAUCACUAAAAACACAAAACAUAAGUUUAUUUGAAUUGAGUGUUCUAUUUAUUUCUUUAUCCUAUUUUUUGUGUGUAUCCUAAUGUUUCACGGAGGCUCUUGAUUUGGGGGUGAAAAAUGUUUUGCUUACUAUGUUUAUCUAUUUGCAUCUUCAUUUACCUUCUCACCAUUUGCCCAGAGGGGAAGAAAUUUGGUUCAUGGUGGUGUCAUAUGACAGAAGAACAAGUCAGCUGAAAUUCAGAGUACUUGAUUCUAAAUUACGAUAUAAAUGUAAAUUGAUUUCAUUGUCUCA